CCCUUCUCUAUAUCCUCACCUCGAAAGAAUGUCGUACGCGGCGGUAAUUGAUACAGAUGCCGAUUUAGGCAGAACAACACUGGAUGUUGACGAGACAUUUGAUGCUGACAAGCCCAUGCCAUCGUCUGGAGCUCCUCAUCGCAGUUCCUCGCAAACUGCAAAGUGGUUUUUACAGUCGUCGUUCGACGUCUCCACAAACGAUGUAAUGCAAAGAUGUGUGCACGCCCUUGUUCCUACGGUUAAUUUCUUUGAUAUCCUUGACGAUAGAGCUGAUUUGUACGGUCCUUUCUGGAUUACGACAACAAUCGUGCAAGUCUUGUUCCUUUCUCAAUCUAUGACUCAAUACAUCACACAUAAAACAAGUUCCGACACUGUUGCUUAUAAUAUUCAUCAAUUGGUGAAUGCUGCCGCUGCUUUAUAUGGCUAUACGGGUUUUAUAUCUGUGUUCUUGUGGGCCUUUCUUCGGUUCUACAAUUGUAAUCCAAAAUUACUAGAGUGUAUUUGUCUCUUCGGUUAUGCAAACAUUGUAUGGCUCCCCGUUUCGUUGGCCAGCCCUCCACUUGCUUUGUUGCCAUCGCAUAUAUCGUCUAUUGUUCGUUGGAUACUUACCGGUUCGGGUCUAUCAGUCUCGCUGGUUUUCCUGCUGAAAAACCUUUACCCUGUAUGCCAGAAGGCUGGGACGUAUAUAUGUAAGUUAGCUUGUAUUGGCAUUGUAUUCCUGCACUUGUGUUUGGCGCUUGCUUUGCACUGGUGCUUCUUCAAGUGAUUGAUGGCCUAUUGCUACUACUACUACUACUACGAUAACGAUUUCAAUGAACAGUGUUUCCGUUACUCGAGAGCGAGUUCACAAUGAAUUGAGUUAAAUAGAAAAAAAACCUGUGUCAGUAUACAGUUUCUCCGUACGGUUUUUUGCUAUACAUCCCACACGCACAUAUUAUCCCUGCAUUUCCCCUUUGCGCAAAAAGUAGCUCUUUUAUAUUGCCUAAUAAACUAUAGCAAUGGUCGCAUGUCGUACAUGAAUCUCGGCUCUGGCCAAACGAGCUUCAUUGAUUAAUGAUUAUUUGAGUAAGCGUGCUUGGGGCUUGGGUUAGCGUCGACACGAAUAGAAAGCGAUACUGUAAAUAGUAAAAAGAGAUAUCUACAGACAAGCUAUUUGUAGGAAG